AUUGAUAGCUUAAACGCGAAGCAAAUUCAGACGGAUUCAAUCUUCUCCUUCAUUACCUUUCAUUGAAUUCAUAGGAAUUUCUCACAAUUUGAGAUUAGACGAUGGGGAACGCAGAGAAAUUGAUGAAUCAGAUCAUGGAGCUAAAGUUCACAUCCAAGAGCCUCCAGCGCCAGGCCAAGAAGUGCGAAAAGGAAGAAAAAUCGGAGAAACUCAAGGUGAAGAAGGCGAUUGAGAAAGGAAACAUGGACGGCGCUCGGAUCUACGCAGAGAACUCCAUCCGUAAGCGCAGCGAGCAGAUGAAUUAUCUUCGCCUAUCGUCUCGCCUCGACGCGGUCGUCUCCAGGCUCGAUACUCAAGCUAAGAUGUCAACAAUCAGUAAAUCCAUGGGAUCAAUCGUUAAAUCUCUCGAAUCGUCUCUCAACACCGGAAAUUUGCAGAAGAUGUCAGAGACUAUGGACCAAUUCGAGCGACAAUUCGUCAAUAUGGAAGUCCAAGCCGAGUUUAUGGAGAGCUCCAUGGCUGGUAGCACUUCGCUUUCCACACCUGAAGGAGAUGUCAACAGUCUGAUGCAGCAGGUCGCCGACGAUUACGGUCUUGAAGUGUCAGUAGGUCUUCCACAACCAGCUGCUCACGCGGUGGCCACCAAGUCUCAGGAGAAGGUCGACGAAGAUGACUUGUCCAGGCGUCUUGCCGAGCUCAAAUCCCGUGGUUGAUUGAUUGUCUGUAUGUCUUCAAUUAUCGAAUUCAUCUUAUGCUUAUUAUCUAUCACCUAUAUAUCCUGUGUCUUUUUUCAGUCUUUGAAACUUGAAUCUUGAAUGUGAGUAAUUUAAUCUAUGUGAAAAAACUAUAAUCAAAUAUGCUUAUUAUGCUUCUUGAAAUAUAUUGUGUAUCUUCUAAUAUUGUUGAAUCUGUAAGGCCUCUACCAUGCUUUGUUUAAUAUUAUUGAAGAA